GACAAAAGUUGUGGUCCUAUUUUGUUGCAGAUGCCGGGAUGUUUCAUUACUGUUUGAAGGGCCAUUUUUCUGUGCUAUUUUAGGGAUGUUUUGCCAAUGGUUUGGGGUUUUUUCAUUCUGUUUUGGGUUACUUUGCAGCUCGACAACAAGGAUAAAAAUGUUGUUCCAUCAGCUGUAUUUUAGGUUGGUUUCUCAUCCAACUGUGUGACAACCUUCAUCUUUGGUAUCAACAAAUGACCCAAGAUGUUAACUGAUGCUGAAGCUAUUAUUUAGACCCAAUGAUAAAGUAUAAUGCCUGCAUCCACAACGGAAUGUAUAUAUAUAAGGUGUAAAAUGUUACUAUAUGGACGUUGAAAUGAAUUCGGUCUAUGACGUAAGAAAUUUAGUUUUCCAUGCGGAAACUACAGAUUUUAAUAAUGUUCUUAAUAAGAAAGAGUACAGAAAGCGUGCUAUUCUAAGGUGGAAAGAAAAAAAAAUUAAGAAGUGCCAACAUUACAAUCCAGAUUUUGUUUUGGAGCCUAAAAAUAAUAGACGCAAGAGGAAAAUUUCUUCUAAUACAUCAGGUUGCAGCUAUUUGCCCCUGGAAGUAUAGCAAAUGCUGAAAGCUUAUUGCAAAUGGAAGAAAAAGGUGGGACAAUGGCUCUAAGGUUAAGGUUAGAGGUGUUAUACCUGAUAAUAGGUUCCAGAUCACUUUGUGUGGAAACCAGGCGAGAAGAUGUGGUCACCUAGGCAAAUAGGUGAUUCAAUAGGUCACAUUGUUAUUGCUCAUCCAAGUGAAGGCGAAAGGUAUUAUCUUAGGAUUCUGUUAUCGAAAGUUCGUUGUCCCAAAUCAUAUGAUGACUUGAAAUCUGUCAACGGUGUGAGAGUUAAAACUUUUCGUGAAGCAGCUUUGCUACAUGGCUAUUUACUUGAUGACAACACUCAACAACUAUGCUUAGAAGAAGCAUCAACAUUUCACAUGCCAUAUGAACUACGCAGACUUUUUGCAACACUUUUAGUUUAUACAUGUCUGAACAAUCCUCGACAGUUGUGGACAUGUUUUGAAGAUGCAAUGUUAGAAGAUAUCUUAAGAUGUAAUAAGGAAACACUUUCUCAAAGUAGACACUAUGCAUUUCACCAGAUUGAUUGCUUUUUAAAAUCGAUGGGAAAGCAUCUUCGUGACUUUAAUGUGUUACCUGAUGAUUAUGAUAAUUCGCUUUUUGAAGACCAAACAAAAGAAAUUAAAGUAGAAAAAAGUAUUCAUGUUUCCGAGGAAGAUUUAAUGACUAUGCAUACUCUUAACGAAGAACAACAACUUGCUUUUAAUACGAUAAUUGGGAGAGUUGAUUCUAAUAAACUUGGUGCUUUUUUUAUUGAUGGUCCAGGUGGUACUGGAAAAACAUUUCUAUACAGAGCCUUGUUAGCUAAAAUAAGAUCUGAAGGACAUAUUCCUUUUGCUUCUAAUCGUGUUAUUUUGACCACCAAAAAUUUGUUUGUUGAUGAAAUUAAUGACAUUUUAAUAAAUAAAUUUCCAGGUCUUGAGACUGAGUAUAUUAAUUUUGAUGAAACUGCUGAUCCAAAUGAUCAGGCUCAAUACGAAGACCUUUUGCACUCUUUAACUCCAAAUGGUAUGUCACCUCAUAAACUCAUUUUAAAGUAUAAUUCGCCUAUUAUUUUGUUAAGAAAUAUGAAUCCAUUUGAAGGCUUGUGUAAUGGUACUAGGCUUUUGUGCAAAGACUUUCAAAGAAAUGUAAUACGUGCAGAGAUAAGUUAUGGACAGUUUGCUGGAAAAGAAGUUUUUAUUCAUAGAAUUCCAAUGCAACCACCAAGUGGUGAACAAUAUAGUGUUCCAUUCAACAGGUUUCAAUUCCCAAUUAGAUUAUGCUUUGCCAUGACUAUAAACAAGGCCCAUGGCCAAACUUUAGACUUUGUUGGUGUUUAUUUGAAGGAGCCUGUCUUUUCACAUGGACAACUCUAAGUUGCACUUUCACGUGCAAAAAAGAUUGAAAAUAUAAAAAUUUUCAUAGAAGACUGCUUUUCUUCUUCUUGCAACAGUACAACAACUAAAAACAUUGUCUACCGGGACGUUUUACAACGAGCUCAACAUUCUUACAUGUGAACUUCCAUUAUUGUAAAUUUUAUUUUCUUUUAGGUUUACUUUCAAUUUAGUUUUUCAUGUUUACACUUGUUCUUUCUUUGCAGGUGACCAGUUACAAAUAUUGUUGAACCAUCACAAUCAUCAUCUCUUAUAUUGAUUGACAAAUGCACAUUGUUACUUUUCUACCAAACAGCAAAACAGUUAUAGGAAAGUUACAACUUCUUCCAAACAACUAAAUUUCGAAAGUUAUAGGCACAUCAGAUAAAUAAGAGCUUGCUUACACAUGGCUACGUCAUUAAUGCAUUACUAGAACACUCAUAACAUAUACCUUAUAGGUAUUAUUAUUUUAUUGGCUAUUACAUACCAAAAUCAGAAAGACAUUAUUUAAAUUUAAGAAAAACUUAAACUAACUUUAUCAAUGUCUUUUUGUUUGACAGGGACAAUAAAUAAAGGUUGUUGAAGUAAGGUUUAAAUCCAAAUGUGCAAUUUAUUUGCACACAUUUUGUAAAUAUAAUAGGAAGUUACUUGCAUUCCUUUACCGAUAUUUAGUUAAACAUGUGUGGUUACUUUUUCCGGUUCAA